UCUCUCUGCCCCUCCCCAGGUCUCUCUCUCUCUCUCUCUCUCUCUCUCACACACACACACACACACACACACACUCUCUCUCUCUCUCUCUCUCUCUCAAAAAUAAAUAAACAUUAAAAAAAUUUAACAAGCCAAUAAUGCUAGAACAAUUAUAAUGCUAUAACUGUAAUAAAAGUUAUGUGAAUGUGGUCUCUCUCCCUCAAAAUACCUUGCUGUGUGGGACUCACCCUUCCUGUGAUGAUGUGAGAUGACCAGAUGCCUGCGUGAGGACAUGCGGUGAGAUGAGUGACCUAGACGGGUGAUGGGGUGACUACUGACCUCCUGAUGAUUCGUCAGAAGGAGGAUCAUCGCUUGUCCACAGCGGUUGACCCAACCUAUGUUGGAGAAUGUCUAACAUGAUGGCCAAACCAGGACUCCUCGGCCUUCUCUGAAAGCUCUCAGUUUACCUGGCAGGACGCUUAUCGCCUGGUCCCAGGAAAGGUUGGUGCCUCUCCCAAACUGCAUUUGGAGCUUCUGGAGGACAGUGACUGCGUCUUGUUCAGUCAGGGAAUGCCUGAGAGCUCCUAAAGUCACUAGCAUAUAGUAGGUGCUCCAUAACUCUGUUGAAUAAGAAAUUGUAUAAAGAGUUACACUUUGCAGUGAGCUUAUUUGUAUCACGAAUACUCACUGAAUUCCUAAUUUGCUAGGCACUCUUUUAGGCAUGGAGGGUACAGAGGUGAACAAGACUGAUAAGGCCCCGAGCUUCAUGGAAAUCAAAAUUCUCAUGGAGACAGACAAUCAGCGGGUUGGACUCUGUUUUUGAUGUCUGGCUGCUGACAGCUUUCAAGCCCCAGCCCUCCCUUUUCUCUUCUGUUCCACCUCCAGACAAGUGGGUAAGAAAGUCUGGGCACUCCCUCCCUUGUUCAGGCCACAGAAACCCCAGGGAGGCACAGGAGAAUUCUAACCCCGGACCCACCCCCUAACCACAGUGAACAGCAGAGCCAUUUGUCCCUGCCUUCAGUUAGACCAUUUUGAAUUGCCCUGCUCUUCCCAGAAAGCCUCAGCAUGUGAGCAAUAAACCCUUUCAGACCCUCCUGGUGCAUGUGUGUCCUCAUCACUUUGUAUAUCUGAACCACUUUGGUGGUGCUGGUGGGGCACCGAUCCUGUUUUCUGUGGAGCAACCACGAGACACAUGUAAACAAAUAAACAAGUUGAUUUCAUAUAAUGGUAAAUGUUAUGGGAAAAAUAAAACGAGACAAUGAGACAGACAGUGAGGGGUGGUCGCGGUCAAGGGAUGGAAAAAGGGUAAAUUAUGUGUGUGACGACUUAAUCUCUUGACUAAAACUCCACUUGAUGUGGUGGGGACUGCCAGCUGCCUCCCAAUAUUUUCCCUUUCUCCAUAAUAAGAAAGGAAUAAUAAUAAUAAUGGUUCAUUUCUUCCUCUACUUUUCGCCUGAUACAUGGCCUCUCAGUAAAAAAUGACAUUUUCCAACCUCUCUUUUUGCUGGGAGUGGUCAUGGAACUAGAUUCUAGUCAAAUAGAUUGGACAGAAUCCUAUUCUCCUGCCCAGAUAUAGACUUGGUGCUUGGAGUUCCGAUGGCCGCCCUGCAGCACAGCACGGCAUGCACAGGGGAUCAAAGCUGUGCAGGGUAGGGCCACCGAAGGGAAAGACAGUAGGUCCCUACGCUGUGGGGUACCCCAGCGCUGCCUGCCUCCCUCCUCUUGAACCUUUAAGACAAAACCACUUGUCUCUUGUUAAGGGCACUGAAGUUUCAGGUUUUAUGCUUUUUCUUAGGAAUGAAUCCUAAGCCACACAUUUGUUGAACACAUGUAUGUGAACACAUGUAUGAACUUCAGAACCUGUUAUCUUCUUUUCUUUUCCCUUCCCUCCCAUUUCCUCCCUUUCUUUUCUGUUCUUUUUUUCCUUAUGAGCAGUAUGCAAAACUCAAAUAUCUGACGUAUUUUCUAUUGAAUACAUUUUAGAAAUUAACUGUUAUUGUAGAGAAUAUAAAAUACACGAGAGUAGACAGAAUAAAAUACCGAAUCCUUCUGCACCAAAACUCUGCCUCACCAACUAUUAAUCUGUGGUCAACUCAGCCACAUCCACACGCUAGCUUCUCCCCACCUUCCUACAUUAUUUUGAAGCAAAUCUCAGAUCGCAUAUUAUUUCCAAAUGAAGUUUUCAGGUCUCUCUGUUGCUUAAAAAGCAGAUGAAGCAAUAUUCUUCUUUUGGAAAUAAAGCCAAAUUUUAACUCAUGUUCUUCUUUACCUCAUAAAAAAUCAUCCUUUCUGUAUCAUCUUCUGAAGUGUUCCUAUUUCCCACCUCUUUGCUCCUCCUCCACUCCUCUUUUUCUCCCUCAUUCCCUUGUUCCCUCCCUCUCUCUGUAUCUAAUACAUCUUUUGCCUAUAGGUCCCCCACUUUAAAAAAAAAGGAAAUCCAGGUCUAAUUUUCCCAUAGAUGUGGUUCUUUGAUCUACCUCCCUCUUUCAAUUUUCAACCACAGAGAAUCUAUUUUGCCAAAAUGGCAGAGUUUCCUCAUUUAUAGUCCCUUUAUGAGUCUGAAAGGAAGGAUUUUUAAAAAGUCACAUAGUCUCCAAACUAACCCCCCCCCCCUUUUCCUCAUAAUAAAAACUGGCUACAUUGUAGUACAAUGUGAGAAAAUAUAAUUAAUAAGAGGAAUCCAGUUACAGUAAUUGCCAAAGUUAAGUAUUGGAUGUUAUUUUAACUAUACAAACUCUAAAACCCUAAUGGUACUGAAGACUUGUUUUUAUAAAUUGAUAAGGCAUUGUGGGCGUGGGCCAUGUGGAUGUUUUCCCACAAAGCAAGCCGGAACUGUUUUGCUAUCACUCAUGCAUAAGAAUCAAGCGUGUUUUUCGUAGGCAGAGUGUAACCAAUCUUUUGGAGUUAAGUACAGAUUAUCUGGACAUGGCAGAGGCAGAUCUUGCCACAAAAUGGUAUAAGAGUCACUGUCAAAUUCUCAUGGAUUUUAUUUGCUCUUAUUUUGUUAUCUUGGUGAAAAAUAAAUUUGUUGACUUUCACACUGUAACAGAACGAAAAGAGCUAUGACCAAUCAACACAACUGACUUUGUGUACUUUUGGAAACCUACGGUGUUCCCAAGCAUUACAAACAUAUUUCUCCUCUGGGAACUUGUGGGAGGUACACCCAUUGCUUUCACCUAUUGAUACUAAACUUCGCACCAAUAUGGAAAAGUGGUGAAAGAACCUGUAAUUGUUGCUCAUUGUGUUUACCCAGCUAACCGAAGACUUAAGUCUUUGAGAACAAGGUUCGUUGCUUUCAUCUCUAUAUUUCAAAACACUCAGCUCCUAGGGCCAGACCAGUCAACAGUCCAGGUGUGCCCAAGAACGUUUUGUGAAAUAAGUAAAUACAGAAAAAUACAGAAAUUCUUUAGACAAAACCAGUAGCACAACUUAACUGAAGUUCAGGUUCAUUUAGCAUGUUGGCAUUUAAUGCCUCUUUUGUUCUUUAAGUGGUUCUCUCUCUCUCUCUCUCUCUCUCUCUCUCUCUCUCUCUCUCUCUCUUUAAGUUUUUAUUUUAAUUCCAGUUAGUUCUUAACAGUGUUAUAUUAGUUUCAAGUGUACAAUCCUCUGGGUGGUUCUUAAAAGCAUUUUUACUUGUCUUAUAGUUAUGAUCAUUUUCCUUACCACAUCUCAUUACUUCAGUAUUUAGCUUUUUUGACAUGAUACUAACGUUUAACCAACCUUUCCUAAUACUUUUUUUUUUUUAAUGUUUAUUUUUGAGAGGUGGGGAGAGGCAGAGAGAGAGGGAGACAGGAUCCAAGGCAGAUUCCACAAGGACAGCAGAGGGACGGAUGCAAAGCUCAAACUCACAAACCACAAGAUCAUGACUUGGGCCGAAGUUGGACGUUCAACUGACUGAACUGCCCAGGCGCCCCUGUCCUAAUACUCUUAAAAUUGUGUGUUCCACUUCUAUGCCCAAGUGGGGUUUGACUUAAAAUUUCAGAUACAGAGUGAGUAUUUAGAUCUACACACUACUCACGAUAAAGUGAAUAGAAGUGUUUUCCAAGAGAAGUUAAAGGAACUAUCUCCUGGGCUAGUGGUUUUAACUGGAGAUGAAAGAUUGAAAACUUCUCCCCCUUAUGGUCUUGGGAAAACAACUAUUUAGAAAAGUUGUAUGUAUAAAUAAUAUUCUAGCCACCCAUACACUGUUUGAGGGAGAGGAAGUGGCAGAGAGGCAGAGAAAGAGACAGUGAUCUAACUAGACAUUCAUCCACAUGUCUAGACAUUCAUUCCACAUUUAAAUAUUUAGAAUUUUCAGUAGCCUGUGAAUACAAGAAAAUUUAUUACAUUAAGGUAGGCUUUAGAUAUUUGACAUGUAGCUGAUAUUUUCAUAGUGUGAGAAAUAUCAAGCUGACAUUAUACUUUCUCUGUGAUGAUUACUUCCAAAUGUCAGAGAGUAGAAACUUAUUCAUGGGAUUUCAGGGCCUUAGGAUAGUGUCAAUUUAAAAGACAUUCACAUCGACUUCUUUUUUAUUUAAACAUGCUAAAUGGAGGAUGAAAAGCAGGUUAAGAAAUCAACAGAGAAAGGAAGAGCAAAGAAGAAACCUAUUGACAAGAAAAUUUUGAAUAGAUUGAUGUACUCUUACAUAAAUUUCAUGGAAUCCUAGCUGACAGCAGCCUUCCUGAUUGUCUCCUAAUAUUUCUGACAACUGGAGUCUUGCUGUUCACAUUACUUCACUCAUAUCACUUACAUUGAAUUUGGGAAAUUAAAAAAAAAGAUACGAACUAUUUGAUUUUUUUAUAGACCACUUUUAAUAAGUCAAAUAACUAAUAUUUGUAUUUUAAUACUGACAUUAGACUUUAAAAUUAAAUAACUUAGUGAUAUUUUAAAUUAACAAUUUAUUCUUUCGUUCACCAAACUCCUUAGAAACUAGUUAUGAACCUACUGCACUGCUGCUAUUUUGGAAAUAACUCAAAGAAAUUUAAAGAAUUAUUAUUAAACAAAUUGGCCACCUCAGAGAUAAUUGUGAGUUUAAAUAAAUCUUUGUCUUUCCAACUAUGCAUGGCAGUGCUCUUAAUUACUUGGGGUCACGGAAAUCCCAUGGCAGGGCAUCCUGUGAAAUGCAUUUCUCCCGCAGUCUAUCUGGUUAGAUUUCCUUUCUGUUUUUGGAAGUCAGCAUCUUUCCUUUUUAAAAUCCCUCUUUAGCAACAGUGGUAAUGAUGUUGAGGAUGGUAACAUGGAUUCAGAAUCUUAAAACCAGUCCCUUUUGUUGUGACUUCUGUAGGUCAGUGACAGGAGUCACUGUGUAGCCAUCUAAAUUCUCUGAUUUAUCUUACAAAAUGUUAUUUCUGAUACAAACAAAAAUUGUGGAACUUCCAAGAGCUAGACCAGCUACUUCUUGGCGUUGCAAAAUUUUAAAUUGUUAUUUGGAAAAACAAAAGGACAAACCAAACAUGCUGACUGAUAGAACUAUCACAGAGGAUCACUGUAAUCUUGUUCACUAAAUCAAAACUGGAACAAAAGGGAUUGAUAAUUCUAAAACCCUAUUGGUAUUGCUCAAAUUCUUAAACUGAGGUGCUGGAUUCAAGGAUGAUCAUUACAUUAUUAAGCUUUAAGAGUCACAUGUUUUGUAAGCAUCGAAUAUCACAAAAUGAAUAAUACUGAAAAGCCAGCGAUCGCUACAUUUACACUCGAUUGUACCCCAAAGACCAAGGAGUCUGGGCUAUCCCCUGUAAAGGCAGGAGACCAAUGGGGAAGGUGAAGACGUUAAGAGGCCUAUCCAGGACCACCCCAGUAACAUCCGUAGAAUGGCAGGACCGGCAGGUCCAGCCCUCUGCUUUUGCCGCGUUGAGAGAAAGAGGUCCCAGGAAUCCAGCCCUGUUCCAGAGUCCCAGCGCCAGUUACAGCUCAGCAUCUGGGGUUGUUACUGCCCCGGGGCCUUUUCCGGGAGUCCCACGCUGCCAGGGUCACUGCAAGCUUCAUCGGACAGAGUCUCACCUGCUCUGUUACCUCUCAUGUCCCCAACACCUACUUCAAUUCUGAGCCGGACGAGGGCUCACCUCCCCGCUGGUCACUUUCCUGCUUGUUUUUGUCUCCCUAAUCGCCAAAGUUCCUUUCGCCCAGACUGUUCUCUACCCAGGCAGCCUAAGGCCAAGUCUGGGAGGGAAUGGUGGGCGUUCAAAGCUUUAGCCUGGGCUAAAGCUAGGGGAUCUUGGGCUUUGCCGGGAGGCCUCCUCCCUCUGUCAGGAAAGCAACGGGUGAGCUGCACGAUCGCCGCAGGCCUCCGGGAAAAGUACCCCCAGAACCACCGGGCCUCGCGUCCGGAGUCAACCAGCAGGAGCUUGUGGGCGGGACUCCUACCGCCGCGGUCCCCUCGCGGUCCAGCGCGCGGGAGAGGCGCGGGGCGCCCCCCAGUGGCUGCCCAGCCGCACCGCUCGGGCCGAUGGAGGGAGGGACGGCGGCGGCGGCGGAAGGGGAGGGGCGGCGGCGGCGGCAGCGGCGGCGGGGUGGUCAUGGCGGAGUCGGCGCGGGAAGAGCUCUCGGCCCUGGCCGCGAUUUUCUGCGGGCCCGGCGAGUGGGAAGUGCUGAGCCACUCAGAGACAGAUGGGACCGUGUUCAGAAUUCUCACAAAAGCUGAAGGACUUAUGGCUUGAGGUACUUCUGAAAAGCUAAUUAGGACUUCCAGAAGAUAGAAGAUGGGGGGCCAAGGGCUGGGACCCCUGAAGGACUGCACUGUAAGA